GGUGUUAUCGCUCCGUUCCCUCCAUCCGUCCGUCAGUUUCAUCAUAUUCACGUGAUCGUUUCUCAGCUGAUCUGUGUUUUGCGUUGUCGCCCCCCUGACCCACGUGAGGAAGUGAUCGCGUCGUAACUUAAUUGCAAUGUCGGAAACUGGGAAAGAACGGCUAACGCCUUCAUCUGACGAUGAUCCUGUACCCACAUAUUCCUCAGAUGACGAAUCUGUGAAACAAAGUUGUUGGACACUGUUUACUGACCCCAGUAGGCUUGGUCAUCGGCUCUUCGCCCUAGUUUUCAUGUGCUUCCUGGCGUUCGGCAGUUACUUCUGCUAUGACGGACCUGGUGCACUACAGGACAACAUCGAAAAAGAUAUGGCUGUUUCUACAGCUGGCUUCAGUAGCUUGUACGCUUGGUACUCUUGGCCCAACACGAUCCUCUGUUUCUUCGGGGGCUUCCUCAUCGACCGGGUGUUUGGCAUACGUCUCGGGGCUAUCAUUUUUUCCAGCAUUAUCAUUGUGGGGCAGGUGAUUUUUGCCUUUGGUGGAAUUGUCAACCGCUUCUGGUUGAUGCAACUUGGACGGUUUGUCUUUGGAGUUGGAGGCGAGUCGCUCGCUGUUGCACAGAACACGUACGCUGUCAGCUGGUUCAAGGGCAAGGAGCUCAACAUGGUCUUUGGUCUGCAACUCAGCAUAUCAAGGCUGGGUAGCAUGGCCAACUUUAUGAGCAUGCCUUACAUCUACAAGGCCUUGCCCGAAAAAUAUGAGGGUCAUACUCGUCUUGGAUUCACUCUCCUACUUGCUGCUGCCAUGUGCGUAUUCUCCACGGUGUGUGCUCUGGUCCUCGGAGUUCUGGACAAGCGAGCGGAACGCAUCCUCAACCGCAAAGCAGCACAAACGGGAGAAGUGGUGCACCUGACGGACAUCAAGGACUUUCCGGGCUCCUUCUGGGUACUCUGCUUCAUUUGUGUCUCAUACUACGUCGCUAUAUUUCCUUUCAUCGGCCUCGGAAAGGCUCUGUUUCUGAAGAAAUAUAAUUUCCCAGAAUUUGAAGCAAGCUCGGUUGACAGUGUGCCCUACCUAAUCUCUGCCAUAGCAUCGCCUAUAUUUGGCAUUGUUGUCGACUACACAGGCAUGAACUUGAUGUGGGUGUGCGUCUCUGUGGUGGUGACAGUUGGCUGCCAUGCCCUGCUCGCAUUCUCAUUUGUGAACCCUUGGCUGCCAAUGGUGAUGAUGGGAUUGGCAUAUUCGUUGCUAGCCUGUGGGUUUUGGUCCGCUGUUGCACUAUGCAUUCCUGAACAUCAGCUGGGAACUGCCUAUGGGAUGGUGCAAUCAGUACAGAAUCUUGGCUUGGCAGUGGUGUCUCUAGUGGCUGGAGUAUUAGCUGACAAGCUCGGCUAUCUAUUCUUGGAGGUCUUCUUCCUCAUCUGGCUGGCUGCUUGUGUGCUGGCAAUAGUCGGUCUCAUGGUGCACGACAGACGGCAUGGUGGGGUUUUAAACAGGCUUCGUCGAAAGACAGAAUGACGGGUCUCUGGCACGACGCUCGACUCAGCAGUGACGCCCCGCGCGUCGGAGCGUGUGAUUGUCGUCUCUUGGUCACGGUGUCAUUUUAGCAGCACCACUCAUCCCCUUGACGACGCACAAUGUGUGGACUCAGUUUUAUCAACAUGGGCACUCUGCAUCAGAUGGCCCUAUUGGGUUGCUUUCCGUACUAUGGUAGCUACAAAAACUACCCCGAGCUACCCCUUGCUUCAACGCAAACCAUUUCGUGCUGGGACUCGCUGUACAUAUCAGUUUGUAAAGAGCGUGUGCAGGUACUCUCACGUCAAAAGCUGUGGUGAAUAAGCUUUUCUGGAGAUUCUUUGUGUAUAUGUUGCAAGGAAUGCAAACAGCAAAAAAAUAAAUAAUAAUUA